AUGCCCGACUCCGGCAGCUACUUUGACCAUACCGCCUUUCCACCACCCGGCAGCCUCAGCUACGGCCACGCUUUUCCGCCAGGCGCCAACGGCCACGGCAACGGCCACGACAUCGUCGCCGCCGGCAACGGACCGUACGCCAGCCUACCUCCGCUGGAUGCUGCCGCAAGUAACCUUCCAGCACCUGUCGGCUCUGCCCCGGCUCCAACCUCAGAACUAGCCCAGCCCAGCAAGCCAAAGCCAAAGGCCAGCGCGAGGCGAGCCGCGAUGGCAGACGGUGACGUCCAGGCCGGGCUUAGAGGCAGCCCAAGGAAGCGCAAGCGGACCGAGGGCCCUGCAUCGCAGGCGGAAGGGAGCGUGGCCUCAAACGCAGCAUCCGUCGCUGGCGAUGGUGGGAGCGGAACGGUCGCUGCGCCGGUCCUUGUGCCGGCGUCUGGUGCUGCUACGACUGCUGCCGCCGGCCCUUCGAAGCCGACCGCACCGCAGGCACAGGUCGUCCGAGUGAGGCGGGAGGCGGCAAAGGCGGGGACACAGAACGGCGGAAGCCCGCUCAAGCGCUCCCGCUCAAAGGCAGGCUCGCAGGCCGCCCAGUCCCGGUCGGCCAAGGCCGCAUCCUCUUCCGCCGCCGCUUCAAAGGGCCGCGCCGUGCCCAGCCCGCUCUGCGCCUUCUGUCAGGGUUCACGCGAACGCUGUGCCAAGACGGGCGGGCCCGAGGUCCUCAUCAGCUGCACCGACUGCGGCAGCAGCGGCCACCCGACCUGCCUCGAGUGGGACGCGAGCGAUCGCGGCAAGCUCGACAUCGUCCAGUCCUACGCCUGGCGCUGCCUCGACUGCAAGACGUGCGAGCGCUGCCACCACGACGGCUCCGACAUCAUGUUUUGCGAUCGCUGCGACCGCGGCUGGCACCUCGCCUGCCUCGAUCCCCCACUCGCCGAGGUGCCCGACGGCAUGUGGAGCUGUCCCACCUGCCAAGCGGGCGCCACCUCGGGGUCCUCGUCGGCACCCCCAGCAGCAGCAGCAGCGACAACAGCAGCAGCGGCGACGGCGGCGACGGCGGCGCCAUCACUCCCGGCGUCUGCGUCGACUCCUUCGUCCGAUCCAAUACGACUGCCGUCAUCGCCGCGAAAGAACGGCCGUGUGCUCACCGUCAAGGGCCAAGGGCAGACGUCGGCGGCCACGGCCGGAUCCGAUACCUCGCCUCGGCCCAAGCCGGCCGGCUUUACCGUCAAGCUGAAGCUAGGGAAGCGAGCGAUCGGAGAGAUCUCGAUGGCCAGUCCGCGCCCUACGGGUGUGGCCUCGUCAAAGCAUCGCAGGACGCCGUCUGCGGGCGCAAAGGCAGGCGGCAAGGGUGCUGCGAGGGGAGGCAAAGGCGGACAGGCGAGCGACGCCAAGGCGCCGUCCGCGGAUGGCACCCGCCAGGACGGAGUAGCAGGGCUGGACGCAGCGCAGCGGGCAACAGAAGCAGGGGCAGGGGACCCAGGUGCGCCGGAUGCACAGGCCGACCCGCAGACAGAGGGUGCAGGCGACGGCUUGGCAGACGAAAACGCGGAUGCCGAGGCGGACGAGGAAUCAGAAGAAGAGGUCCCGUUCGGGGGCGUCAUCACGGGCGAGGACGCCGACACGUCAAAGACGAAGCCCACGCCGGCGGACAUUGAGCGCUUCGAGCAGAGCAAGCGCUCCGCCGAGGGCAAGCUGGGAGGGGCUGUCGCCAGCCUGUCGGGCAGCGGAGCCGCCAUCGGAAGGCACGCUCGACGCCCGUCCCUCAACCGGUCUACGCUGGCUUCGCCAGGCCCUUCGAGCCUGCCGUUGCCGGGCCAGGCCGGGCUCGAGACGCCUGCGCGCAGUCUCGGCCAGGGCAGCCAGCCGGCGGGCAACACCACUACUGUCUCUGGCGCCGUCUCCGCCUCCGCCCCUGCCGCUGCAGGUGCCACGCCCUCGGCGGCCCUCGAGCCGGUGACGGCGGCCAGCAGCGCGCAGACGGGCACGGCGACGCCGAUCAAGUGCAUCCGCUUUGGCGAGUACGACAUCGACACGUGGUACCAAGCGCCGUACCCGGAAGAGUACAGCAUGGUGCCGGACGGGCGGCUGUGGAUCUGCGAGUUCUGCCUCAAGUACAUGAAGAGCCGGUUCAUGGCGAGCCGGCACCAGAUGAAGUGCAAGAUGCGCCACCCGCCCGGCGACGAAAUCUACCGCGACGGCAACAUUUCGAUCUUUGAGGUCGACGGGCGCAAGAACAAGAUCUUCUGCCAGAACCUCUGCCUGCUGGCCAAGAUGUUUCUCGACCACAAGACGCUCUACUACGACGUCGAGCCCUUCCUCUUCUACGUCGUCACCGAGGUCGACGAGCUGGGCGCGCACUUUGUCGGCUACUUUAGCAAGGAGAAGCGCAGCCCGAUGAACUACAACGUGUCGUGCAUCAUGACGCUGCCCAUCCGCCAGCGCCGCGGCUGGGGCAACUACCUGAUCGACAUCAGCUACCUCCUCUCGAAGAAGGAGGGGCGCGUCGGCUCGCCAGAGAAGCCGCUGUCGGACCUGGGCCUGCUCAGCUACCGCAACUACUGGACGCUGGCCGUCUUCUACUACCUGCGCACCGCGCCGGACCACGUCACCAUGGACGACAUCAGCGCGGCCACGGCCAUGACGCUCGACGACGUGUUUUACGUGCUGCGCGAGCAGGACAUGCUCUCGCUCGCCGGGAGCGCGUCGGGCAAGAUGCGUACGCCCGCGACGACAAAGUACCGCGGUGGCCGCGAUGGCGGCGGUGGCGGUGGCGGUGGCGGGCUAUCGGGUGCCGCAUCGUCGAGCACGCCGACGCCUCGAUCGCGCGGCCGGCCUCGCAAGAACAACGCCUCGUCCUCCCUUUCGACGUCUGGCGAGCACGGCAGGCACAAGAGCCACGGCGGCGGCAGCGGCGCCAUCCCGCGCCGCGGCGAGUACCGCAUCCACUUUGACCGCGACUACGUCAUCGCCCACCUGAAAAACUACGAGGCCAAGGGAUACCUCCAGGUGCGCCCUGACCGCCUCAAGUGGACGCCCUUUCUCGUCGCCCGCUCGUUUUUGCCCGCGGGCAUGCCCACCAUCGAGGCCCUGACGUCUUCGUUGGCCGCUGGCGCUUUGGCUGAGCCGUCGUCGUCGUCGUCGCAGUCGCAGUCGCAAGCGACGACGAGCUACGACACGGCGACCAACGGACAGCUGACGCCGACCUCAAACGGGGCGAGGAUCGGCAACUCCGAUGACAACGCCAAUGGAGCAAUGGUCGCCUCUUUGCAGCCCAUGGCGGCUUCCUCCGAGGCCCCCGCGACGCCGCCGGUGCCGAGCAGCUCGCAGCUGAGCGCGUUGCCACCGAGCGAUACCCUGGGCCUCUCGCAGGCGUGGUCGGACCUGUCGGGCAUCGUCUCGCCGGCCCCGGGCUUCACUGCGACGCGGCUGCCGAUGGCUGCGGGCUUCCAGCUCAGGCCGGGGCCGGAGCCGUCGACCUUGCGGGUCGAGGCUGCGGGUGCGUCUGCUAGCGCUACUGUGGGCGUGGCGACGCUGGACGUGGAGCAGGCGCAGCGGUGGCCGGUGACGGGCAACGGCAUGUCGAGCAGCGGGCAGAUCCCGCCCCAGUACCCCCUCCUGGUGUCGAGACAGCACCGCCUGAACGUAGCGAGCACCCCAGUGGCGGCGGCGGCGGCGGCGGCGCUAUCGACGCCCUAUGCCACGCCUCCGCCCGCGCGACGAACGGCAUCCCCGUCGAUGGAGGACGCAGCAGCGACGCCGCCGCCUGCGCUGGCCGCUCCACCCUACGAUCCAAACCAGCCGUUCGAGGGCGACUGCGACGAGGACGCGCUGGGCUCCGACGAGGAUGCGCCCGGCUCUGACGACCCGGACCUGGCAGCGUAA